UGGUUUAAACUCCUGCAGCAUGUUGGCCUACUUAUCUGCUCGGUAAUACUCUGUAAGCCCUGCUAAUGCUCUCUCUCUCUCUCACACACACACACAACAAAACUACACAACAACACACACACACAGACUCACACAGCAACAGGCUGCUAUCUGUUCUCUCUGAACAAUAAACUCAGACUCUGCUGCUGCUACAUGAAAAUAUGAUGACACGAAAACUGUGACAACAUGAAGGUGAGAGGCCUGAACAGACGGAGGGCGAGAGACAGCGACGGUCUGUGAGCGACAGGAGAGUGAGGUGGAGGUGUGAAGGUGGAGGAGGUGGAGGAAGAUGCUGAGACCCUGCAGACUGCUGCUGUGGCAGGUGGUUCUCAGAUUAUCUUAUCAUGUUGUUACAGCCAGUCUGUGUCUGGGGGGGUCGGACAUCUUUGCGUCAGUCAAAGAAAACAGUCCGACAGGUCAGUUCAUCUCUAACAUCAGCAUCAGCGGAGAUGCAGGAGCAAAUGCUGUCAAACUGUGUCUGACCGGAGGAAACGCCGGCUGGUUCUACUUAGAGGGUCGAACCAUCAGACUCAACACGUCAGUGUCCAGAGUUCUGGACAGAGAGGUGCAGGGAUCGGUGCUGAUAGCAGAGCUCACUUGUUAUGAGGAUGAUGUCAUGCAGAGUCAGUUCAGGAUCCUGGUGGAGAUCCUGAAUGAAAACGACAACAGACCAAACUUCCUGCAGGACAUGGUUCAGUCGUUCACCAUCACCGAGCUGACAGCAGUCAACUCUGUGGUUUUCACUGUGAAGGCAGUCGACGCAGACGGAGACAUGAUCACUUACAUUAUUGAUCAAUCAUCGCCUGAUGCCUGGUUCUUCAGGAUUGAUUUACCAAACAGUGGAAACAUAGUCCUGAACAAACCUCUGGAUUAUGAGACCAGACCUCACCUGGAGCUCAUCAUCUGGGCUCAGGAAUCACACACCAAGGAGAAGUUCAACACGUCGGCUGUUUUAACUGUGAACAUAGAGGACGGAGAUGACCAGUAUCCUCACUUCCUGCCCUGUACACCUGUCUCUCCAAGUGUUCCUGUCUGCAUGAGCCCCACCUACACCACCAACAUCACACACAAACACCAGGAUGUUGUUCUGGAGUUUUCUCCUGGACCAAUCAGAGCCGAGGACGGAGACAGAGGAAUCAACGCUCCUCUGAUCUACAGCAUCCUGUCAGGUGAUGAUCGGGGCAGGUUUGUGAUCAACAACAGUACAGGUGAGUUCAGGUUAACCCGAGCUGUGGACGACCGACGAAUAACACCGAACUUCACACUCAACGUCAUGGUGUGUCAGGUGGAUGACAGGCUGAAGUACAGCUUGGCAUCGGUCGUGGUCAGAGUUCUCUAUGAGAACAUGUUCCCUCCGGUUUUCAACAGAACCACCUUUAAAGGUUUCAUCAUCCAGAGCUCUAGUCCUGCCUCCAUCGUCUCCACCUACGGGAACCAGGUGUUACAGGUCCAGGUGUCAGACCACGACUUCUCUGAUGGCCUGAAUCCAAACAUCCACUACUCCCUCCAUCCUCCAUCAGGACUGUACCAAGUCACCCAGAGGGGGGUUCUGAUUGCCAGGACAGACCAACUGCAUGCCUUCGACAGACACAUACUACAGGUCAUGGCCAGAGAUGAAGAGUCAGGAGAAGAAGUUUCAGCUUCAGUGGACAUUGAAGUCCUGCAGAGAGGACAAGCAGUCCCUAGUGGUGCGUUCACUGAACAGCAUAUGUUUGGAGAAGUGGACGGCAGAGUGGCAGGAGGAAUAGCAGCAAUGAUCCUGAUGAUGUUUCUAUCAGCUCUUGCGUUUCUGCUGCUUCGAACAAUGAAGAGACAACGUUUACAAAGAGACCCUGAAGAACAUGCAGCUGUCGCUCUGGAAAAAUGUCCAAAUGUGGUGAACCCCAGUCGACCUGUUUUCUCUCUGGAUGACUCUUUGUACAACAACCAAGCUUUCAGCCAUCACUAUGAGUCUUCUUUGCAGUCUGACAGUUUACACGGCCGACAGGGAGUUUACACCAGGAAACUGUCUCUGCUUCAUCCUCCAUCAUCAUCAUCAUCCACCAUCAUCAUCACUGAUCCUACAGACAGAUCCAGACCAGCUCUUCAUCUUCUAUCAUCAUCAUCACACACCCUGAGUGAUCAGACGCUAGAGGAGUCAGACUGAUCACAGACUGUGGACUCAACCUGCUCAUAGUGAUGACGUCACACCCGGGACCACAUGAAAACAGACCAAUCAGAGGAGACAUUACUAGGACAGGCUGAUGGUCAGCAGCCAAUCAGAAAGCAGAAACAAGUCGAUCUGAUGUGAAUCAGACUCUUUUUUCCUAAACCCUCAACAACCUGUUUUUAUCAAUCCACAAAUAAAAACACUGAUAAAUGA